CUUUUUCCUUUCUCUCUCUUCCUCUCCCUCUCUCUCUUUCCUUUGCCGGUUGGUGUAGCCUUGUUUGUUGCUGCUGCUGCUGCUGCUGCUGCUGUUUUCCUGUUCCUCCGCCGAAGUCGAGGUACUGUGUCAAUUAGCGUUUUAUGGUCUACGUCGUAUCUGCUGGCUCAAUUGAUAUAUACCUACCUUCCUUAGUACCUACCUAGGUAGGGAGCUCAAGAUGGACGACUACAUGUUCCGCGAGCAUGUCAGCAAGUGCCGCCAGAUCUCGGAAGCGACGCAUUAUGUUGAAAUUCUCAACUAUUCGGACCCAUUCUACAACACGUGCGAGGAGCACCCUCUAACCAUGGACGAAUUUGACAACUUCCUCCACCGACGGGGCGCGUUCGAGCCGGCAAAGGUCAAAGAGGACGUCAAACUGCUCAACGGCAUUCGAUUAGUACUCCAGAAGAAUGCCAAGCACAAGGACACAUUUACACCGCAUACGAUCACCUUCACGGCAGAUGCCUACCAGUCCAUGGUCCGCGCCAUGCGGCUGCCCUUCAGAGCCAUCGAGGGCACCAGCGUCGUUGGGCCAUUCUUCUGGUGUGCCUAUGACCAAGACGACGAUGAUCCCACUCUACAAAUCAUCUUCCGCAAGUCCGACGUCCGCAAGAAGGGGAAGACGCGCGGGUGGGAGAUUAUGCUCUCGCACUGCUUUAGCAACGGCAUCACGUCGGGCUACGUCAAGGGCACACCGAGCUCCGACAUCGUCGCAGCGAUCCAACACCUCACGUUCUGCGCGCGUCAGGUGGGCCACCCGAUGCUCUUGCCCAUCAUCAUCCUAUCGCACGACCUGUCGUCGCAGAACGACCAGAAGCAGCGCGACGCCCGCGACUGGCUGCGCAAGCUCGAGCACGCCGUCAGCAUGCGCAACGAGAUCGAGGACGAGGAAGGCUACGUCAGCAAGGACGGGUACCUCGAGGUCGACGCCAUCAGCCGUGACCUUGUCGAGUGUCAUAGCCAGGUGCUGUGGAAGCGGCCGCAAGCGUACCUGGAGAUCGUCAAGGAGAUCGAGGCCGGGCUGCAUAAGUUCAAGGAGAAGGUGCCUGCCGACCACCUCACGCCCGACCUGGACAAGUUGCACCGGAGCAUGAUUGCCAGGUUGGACUUUUACCGGCUGAAGCUCAGGGGCAUUGAGAAUUACCAGGCGACGACGUUGGAGAGGCUACACAUCCAGCGGAGUGCGCUAUACAACCUGCUCUCUCAGCGAGAGUCCAAGAUUCAGUUUCAGAUGGCCGGUGAGCAGCGCAGACUGGCGCACGCCAGCAAGCGGGACAGCACGGCGAUGAAGACUAUCUCGUUGCUCGGUGCCGUGUUCCUGCCAGGGACCUUUCUCGCGUCCGUUUUCAGCAUGACGUUUUUCGAUUUCGGAAACGGAGCGGACCCGGUCAUCUCCAAGGAGCUCUGGGUGUACUUCGCCAUCACGAUACCGUUGACAAUCGUCAUCGUCGGCGGGUGGAUCGUGUUCGACCGGCGGCGCGAGGGCAAGUUCGCCUCCGAAGACGCGGAUCUGGAGAAGAACAUUGAGCACAUGGAGGCGGACAUCAUGGCCAUGAUGCGGAAGCGGACGAUGAGCAAGGCCAACACGUGGACGUCGGUCACGUCGCCCAUACGGCCAUGAAGGCACCCUGCAGCUCGGUCGACGUGAGGGUUGUCAGAGGGAAGCGAAAGAGCGUGAAAGGCGCGAUCUCAUUGUGAAAACAGAACCCAAAAAGUUGCGGAUUUCAACUUUCUGACGAAGAAGGGAGGGGGUGAAUGGUGGAUGGACAUGUGCAUAAAACUACCCCUAUCACGCCUUACGACCUGACGACAUUUAUGAGCGAACUUUUUUUUUUUUGGUUACAUAUAUCUAUUUACAAAAACGACAUUGGGUAUUGUUUUGAACAGAAAGAAACUGGAUCCCUCUCCCUCGUUCCUGGGUCAGAUCGAAGACGGUAGGUAUCAAAUGAGCCGGGAUGAACGUGAUUGUGAGCACAAGCAUGAGCGUGUGAGCUUUGGCCCACUCGAACGGGUGCGGGCCGUUCCUCG